AUGGCUCAGGCUCCGACUUUGUCGUCAUCGGGAUCGUCGUUGUCGUUGUCUUCCUCAGAUGAUCUGACAGACGGCGAGCUGUUGGCUAUUUCACAUCGAAUAACCAUGAGUUCUUUUGUCGUUCUUGGCAAUGUUCUAGGCUACAAAUUCUACGAAGUUGAAGAAGCCCUGACUGCCUGCAAAUCGAAUACAGAGAAGGCUUCGAUGAUGCUGCUUCGAAGAUGGCGAAAUGAACAACCUCCAUAUAAAGACACCACGAAGGACCUACUUAACAGGCUUAACAAGGCAGAAGAAAGAGAGAGAAACGUUCGAGCAUGUUUCUCAGGCAACGUCGCUCGCGAAAAGAUCGUGAAUGCUGUCAUCCAAGCGAGUUGUCAAGGUCCUGUGUCUAGUGACAAUUCAGCUCAAUCAGUAAGCUCAGCAUGUAAAACAAUAUCCAGGGUAAACAGAAGAUCAAUAUAUUUAGACAUUUUCCCGGGCUCAAUUGCCUGUUCCCUGAGCAUGGAUUCAAACAGACAAAGAGAAGAAGAUCCAGGUCGAAGUGCGGUGGUAGAGACCAAUUCCUUCUCCUUCAGGCCAUGCAAUGAAGUUCACACUCUUAGAACGGACUCAGCAACCACUACCGUUGAUGCUGUCAACGAAGCGAGUUAUGAAGGUACUGAAUUUGUGUCUAGUGACUAUUCAGCUCAAUCAGUAAGCUUUGUAUGUGAACAAAAUCCCAGGGUGAACAGAAAAUCAAUAUAUUUAGACAUUUUCCCGGGCUCAAUUGCCUGUUCCCUGAGCAUGGAUUCAAACAGACAAAGAGAAGAAGAUCCAGGUCGAAGUGCGGUGGUAGAGACCAAUUCCUUCUCCUUCAGGCCAUGCAAUGAAGUUCACACUCUUAGAACGGAUUCAGCAACCACUGCCGCUGAUGCUGUCAACGAAACGACUUGUGAAGUAACUGAUCUUGGUUCUAGUGACUAUUCAGCUCAACCAGUAAGCUCAGUAUGUGAACAAAUACCCAGGGUGAACAGAAGAACGAUAUAUUUAGACAUUUUCCCUGGCUCAGGAUCAACUGAAACUUCUAGCAUUGAUUCAAACGGACAAAGAGAAGAAGAUCCAGGUAGAAGUGCAACGGUAGAGACAAAUUCCUUCUCCUUCGGGCCAUGCAAAGAAGUUCCCACUCUUAAGACGGAUUCAGCAACCGCUGCAAAGAACAUUGACAAUCGAAACAAUCAGGAACUGACUGACGUGGCGACGGGAAAGGAAGUGAGAGAAUCAAGUUCUAAAAGUGGAAUUGACUUUGUAGUGGGUUCCUGCAAACCGUUGUCCGAUAAAGAGGUCUUCAACGUUGCUGAGGACAUCGAAUCGGAUGCUCAGAUUGAGAACCUCGGUGUGGCCCUGACCUUCUCCAGGGCCGACAUAAACCGGUACCUUGGCACAAACGAGAUACUGGGAAGUAAAACCAGCAGAGGGAGUCGCAUGAUGCUGUUCGAUUGGCGUCAGACGGUGAGACAACGGGAUCAACGUUCUUCUUUCAAAGGAGCCCUGGUUAGAGCUGGACUCGUUAUGAUUGCAGAUCAGUACUUCCCAGAUGUUCAAGAGAUGGCAGAAAAUCGUAAGUGCAUCAUUCUCAUCCUCCCUUCACUCAGUGUACUCUAA